CCAAAAGGGAAGACCCGAGAUACUGCAGCCAAAAUGUCUCAUGAGGCAGAUGAAUUCCUGAGACAAACACAGAAGGAAGCACCCGGAGGACAAGUGAUGGACCAAAAGGCUCUGCAGGAGGAGGAACACUCAGGGAGAAGCAGUGGCUCACUGGCAGCGCUAGCUGCAGGAAGGAAGGCGAUGCCAGACACAGGCACAGGCACAGCAGACUGGGAUGCUGGGAAGGAUUCUCCAUUAGCCUGGCGCUCUGAAGUUGUGAAGCCCUCUGAGCAUUCUGCAGGCGUGUCUGCAGGGACGACCUCACCAACUCCUACCUUGGAUGCUGCACAAAAGGCCAGCUCCCAUGGCAGGGGAGAGACCAAAGACAUGGCAGGCAGGAAAUUCCAGGACCCAUUAGAAAUCAUGUGGCAAAUACUGAAGGAACGUCUGCAGAGAAGACAAGAAAUGAACGGAGAGCCUGUGCAGAAGGAAGCAUUUCCCGGAGGAAGCAGUGGUUCCGUGCCAGCCUCUGCUACAGGAAGGGAGGCCAUGCCAGGCACAGGCACAGGAGACUGGAAUCGUGACAUGGGUUUUCAGGAAGUCCUGAUGAAGGAUGGUUUGAAGUUCCUGGAGGAUGCUGGAGCUGAACCUGCUGGUGAAGGCCCCACAUCCAGGACUGAGGCUCUGGGAGAUGCUGAGGGUGUGUCUGCAGGGAGGACUUCUCCAGCUCCAGGGCUGGAUGCUUGGCCCCAACCCAGCUCCCAUGGCAGGGGUCCUCCAAAAGGGAAGACCCGAGAUACUGCAGCCAAAAUGUCUCAUGAGGCAGAUGAAUUCCUGAGACAAACACAGAAGGAAGCACCCGGAGGACAAGUGAUGGACCAAAAGGCUCUGCAGGAGGAGGAACACUCAGGGAGAAGCAGUGGCUCACUGGCAGCGCUAGCUGCAGGAAGGAAGGCGAUGCCAGACACGGGCACAGGCACAGCAGGUGCUGCUUACAACAAACACCGCAGGAAGAGCAAAGGAGCGGGGGUGGACACAUGCAAGUCCAGUGAAGGGUCCAGUACAACCCCCAAAUGA